AAAAACACACUCACUGGAAAACAUGGCCGGCGACGGAAGAUACUACUGUUAUAAGGAGGUCCUACCCUUCGCUGCCAUGGUCACCAUGGAAUGCAACAGCGUCGGCAUCAACACCUUGUACAAAGCCGCCACGCUCCGAGGAAUGAGUUACCAUGUUUUAAUCGUUUACUCCUACGCCAUCGCCACCUUCCUCCUCCUUCCGGCACCCUUCUUCUCCUCCAGAUCAACGGUGCUUCCUCCGGUGAAUUUUUCGAUUGUAAGCAAAAUCGGGCUAUUGGGAAUCAUUGGGUAUAUGUCGCAGAUCAUGGGGUAUAACGGAAUAAUUUAUAGUUCUCCGACGCUUGCUUCCGCCAUUAGCAAUCUUGUUCCCGCUUUUACCUUCAUCCUUGCGGUCAUUUUCAGGAUGGAGACACUAUCUUUUACUAAAAAAAGUACCCGCGCAAAGUUUUUUGGCACAGUCGUUUCUGUAAUAGGUGCAUUGGUUGUAACACUAUACAAAGGUCCAAAGCUUAUUUGGAGUCUCACACCUUCGCCUUCUCAAUCACCAACUGUUUCCUUAAGUUCUUCACAAUCAAACUGGGCUCUUGGUGGUCUCUUUUUAACCUCAGAGUACAUCUUGGUACCAUUGUGGUACAUCGUAUUGACACAGAUCAUGAAGGAGUAUCCAGCAGAAUUAACAGUGGUGUUCUUUUACAACUUAAUUGUGAGCAUUUUGGCUGCAAUAGAAGGGUCUUUUACAGAACCUGAUUCAAGUUCAUGGAAGAUCAAGCCUGAUAUAGCAUUGGCAUCGAUUUUAUGCUCGGGUGUACUUGGUAAAUGCAUUAGCAAUAGUGUUGAUACGUGGGUGUUACGUUUAAAGGGACCAUUGUUUGUGGCCAUGUUUAAGCCGUUGUCAAUUGUUAUAGCAUUCACAUUGGGUGUCAUGUUUCUUGGCGAUGACCUCUACCUUGGAAGUGUGAUCGGUGCAGUGAUAAUAUCGAUUGGGUUCUAUACAGUGAUGUGGGGAAAAUCGAAAGAAGAUUUGGUGAAAGAUGAAGUUAUAAACUUGGAGUCAUCCUCAACACCAAGAUCGCCAUUGUUGCAAUACAAGGAUGAGGACAUGGAGAGUCGAUAAAUGGGAGCUCCUUGUGUAUUAUGAAAAUCAAAUGUUUGGCAUGAAUGGUAUUAUUGUAAAUAAUUUUACAUUAGAUCGAGUUACAUUUUUAUGUUACAAGCAACCAAAACUAAUGGUCACAUUGAUUUAGGAUAAGAU